AUGUCUAUAUCAUGUGCUGGAUGCGGUGGUCCCAUAGUAGAGAAAACUCUGUUAAAUGCAAUCGAUCGGUUUUGGCACACUUCCUGUUUGAAUUGUUCUUGUUGUGGUCUACGGCUUGAUGAAUUAGGACCUUCCGUUUUCGUUCGCUCAAACAUGCUGUUAUGUCGACAAGAUUACCUCAAACUGUUUGGUCUAUCAGGAACUUGCGCCAAAUGUCGAGUUCAAAUUCCUCCAGAUGAAUUGGUGAUGAGAUGUCAAGAUAAAGUCUAUCAUGUGAACUGUUUUUGUUGUACUCACUGUCAUUCUCCGUUGCACCCCGGUGAUAAAGUAUGUUUUAUGGAUGGCAAUUUAUUUUGUGAGCAUGAAUUCCCUCAUUUGUUUUCUGGACCUCCCAAACUGACUUCACUAAGAUUAACAUCAUCUUCCGCAAGUCCUUGUACUUCUAAUGAUUCUGAUAUUAGUCGUGGCCAAAUGACCAUUGAGUUACAAACAAAAAUGAAUGGUGCUUCAUCUUCUAGAUCUUUCAAUAUAAAUCCCACAUCUUUAGAGCAGCAGCAACAGCAGCCAUCUGGUGCUUUGUCAAAUAAACUCAUAUUUUCCCAAUCCGAUAUUUUAUCAUCACUCAGUCCUCAUCCAUCCAGUCCAAUUAUGUCAUAUCCUAAUAACAUGCAACCAAAUCAAGAUAAUAAUCAGCAACUUGUGCAACACGGGUUUUAUGUUACAGACGUUGAGCAACCAUUCGGUGACAUGUCUAGUGUACAAAACUCGUCCGAAAAACCUUUGAAAUCAUCAAUGAUUAACACGACAAAUGAGACAACUAAUGGUCGUAAAAAACAACAAAAAAAAGUAGAUAACCGUCGUUGCCCUGCGCUCCGUGUAUGUUGA